CCUGUUGCUGCAUUAGCCGAGUUGUAUUUUGCUAGAUAGGAGAAGGAGGGUUGUCUGCUGUCUGGUAGGAGGGCUUUGUCUGUGUGUGCCUUUCUCUCUCUCUCUCUGUCUCUCACACUCUCGCUUGCUCUCUCUCUCUUGCUCUCUCUCCCUUUCCCGUCUCUGUGGUUUGUAAGGUAGGUUGCAGUGUGUGUAUAUACACAACAUCAAGAGCAGGAAAAUGGACUCAUUAGGGAGGCAGGCAGUCAUUACCAUUCACACUGCACUUCCAGGGAGACAGCGACUAUGAGGAGACAAACUGAGGACUGGGGAGCAAGCAGCACAGAAAAGAAGUGUUAAGAUCUGCUUUUUACCCUUUUGGAAUCCGAAGAAGAAAGGGAAUUGCUGCUUCUUCUCUGACAACAAUCCGAAGAAUUCAACCCUGCAUCCCAUCCCAUCUUGUUGAUUCCCAUUUGGCUAUGUGAGUGCCUGAAGUUACAUUUUAGAUGCUGAAAUCACUGCACCUUAAAAACAAAAAAGAUUGAGCUGCACUGCAUUCCUCUUCCAUCAUGUUAUGAUGAAUUCCAGAAUGAUGGAGUUUCGGAUGUCCCUGUGACUAAUAAAAACCAUACAAGAAAGCAAAGAUUUGUCCAUUUUGUGAAAGAGAGUUUCAGCAUUUGAGACAUAUUAUUUCUCCAUCUUAAGGGAAGAGAGAAAGCAUCUAAAGGUCAGUAUUACCUGCACAGACUGGCAGCCGAUCUCCAGGGUUUCAGAAAGGAGGCGUGCCCCAUCCUACCUGGAAGGAGAGAAACUCCUGAGAAGCUAAGUUCUCUGCCUCGGCACUCCCUGUGGAUCCUUGUGAACUCAAAAAGCUGAGGCAGGCAUAGCAGCCAAGCCUUGUCACUCUCGAGAGGGAGAGAGGCUCCUUCGUCAUCACUUGGAACAGGAACUACAACCCUGAAAACAGUGAAUGCUGUGGAGUUAUACAACACCAAACAGUAACAGGAUCAUUUGUUAUAAGACAAGCAAGCACCUUCACACAAUUUUGCUGAAGGCCCAUGCAUGACCAAGUUUGCGUAAGAGCCAGCAAGCAGACUUUGCAAAUCCCACAUCCUGGACUCUUGCUCUCAUAAAAAGCCCACGCUGCUUCAUCAAAUUACAGGCACAGCUUUUCUCCAUUCUCUGCCCCAAUGAAUGUCUGCACUAGGCCCAAAGCUUCGAGUGAUUUUCCUGAAGAGUGAUACCAUUCAGAAACCACUGAAGAAACCCAAGACAGCUGAAAAACAGAAGGAGUCUGAGGAGAAUGAGAUUACGCAGACGGGUGCAUACAGCGCCAAGUUGGGCCUUCCCUGCCUGAACUUUGAAACUGUCCCAUCUCUUAGCCCAGCUUUCAUCCAUUCAUCACAUUCACCAACAACUCUGCAGGCACACACAGGGUCACCUGAUUGUAACAUUAGUUGCAAGGGGAUGACAGAGCGCAUUCACAGCAUCAACCUCCACAACUUCAGCAAUUCUGUGCUCGAGACCCUCAACGAGCAACGCAACCGUGGCCACUUCUGUGAUGUGACGGUCCGCAUCCACGGAAGCAUGCUGCGCGCCCACCGUUGUGUGCUGGCGGCUGGCAGCCCCUUCUUCCAGGACAAGCUGUUACUGGGCUACAGCGACAUUGAAAUUCCCUCUGUGGUGUCAGUCCAGUCAGUGCAAAAGCUCAUUGACUUCAUGUACAGUGGGGUGCUGCGAGUCUCACAGUCUGAGGCCUUGCAGAUCCUCACAGCAGCCAGCAUCCUGCAGAUCAAGACUGUGAUUGAUGAGUGCACACGGAUUGUCUCACAAAAUGUGAGUGACAUCUAUCCAGUGAUCCAGGAUUCUGCCCAGGAGACACCCCGAGGGACUCCUGAAUCAGCCACUUCGGGGCAGAGCAGUGACACAGAGUCUGGCUAUCUGCAGACCCAUUCACAGCACAGCGUAGACAGGAUCUACUCAGCUCUGUAUGCCUGUUCUAUGCAGAAUGGCAGCGGAGAGCGUUCAUUCUACAGUGGUGCAGUGGUCAGCCACCAUGAAACAGCACUGGGGCUUUCCAGAGACCAUCACAUGGAAGACCCAAGCUGGAUUACACGGAUCCAUGAGCGUUCACAGCAAAUGGAGCGGUAUCUCUCCACCACACCAGAAACAACACACUGCCGGAAGCAACCACGUCCAGUUCGAAUCCAGACCCUGGUGGGCAAUAUUCAUAUUAAGCAAGAGAUGGAGGAUGACUAUGACUACUAUGGACAGCAGAGAGUGCAAAUCCUUGAGCGCAAUGAGUCUGAGGAAUGCACUGAGGACACUGAUCAAGCAGAAGGCACUGAGAGUGAGCCCAAGGGGGAGAGCUUUGAUUCUGGAGUCAGUUCCUCUAUUGGCACUGAACCAGAUUCUGUUGAGCAGCAAUUUAUGGCUGGUCUCAGCCGAGAAGGUCAGCAAGAGCCUUCUCAAGCAGAACAAAAUGAUGCUUCUGCUGAAGGCACUCAACAGCAGCAACUAGUAGCCAACUCUUCCUCACCAGAGAGAGGCAAUGACAUUGAAAGGGACAGCACAGUGCUUACCAUUACUAACAGUACUGAAAAGGGGACUUUGCAGCCUUCUAUCACUACAACUGUUGCCCAACCAUUGCCAAGUACCCAGCUCUACUUACGCCAGACAGAAACCCUCACCAGCAAUCUGAGGAUGCCGCUGACCCUGACCAGCAACACACAAGUCAUUGGCACAGCUGGCAAUACCUACCUGCCCGCACUCUUUACUACACAGUCUGCUGGCAGUGGCCCUAAACCUUUCCUCUUCAGCCUGCCCCAGCCCUUAGGUCAACAGACACAGUUUGUGACUGUGUCGCAGCCUGGCCUGUCUACAUUUACUGCCCAACUGCCAGCCCCACAACCCCUGGCUCCUUCUGCAGGCCACAGCACAGCAGGUGGACAGGGUGAAAAAAAGCCUUAUGAGUGUACCCUCUGCAACAAGACUUUUACCGCCAAACAGAAUUAUGUCAAGCACAUGUUUGUACAUACAGGAGAGAAGCCUCACCAAUGCAGCAUUUGUUGGCGAUCUUUCUCCCUAAAGGAUUACCUAAUCAAACACAUGGUAACACACACCGGUGUCCGAGCCUACCAAUGCAGCAUCUGUAACAAGCGUUUUACCCAGAAGAGCUCCCUAAAUGUACACAUGCGUCUCCAUCGCGGAGAGAAAUCCUAUGAAUGCUACAUCUGCAAGAAAAAAUUUUCACACAAGACCCUGCUCGAAAGACAUGUGGCUCUGCACAGUGCCACCAAUGGAACACCUAGCACAACAGGCACUGGAGCAAGGGCUCUCCCUGCUGGAGUGAUGGCCUGCACAGAGGGAACCACGUAUGUCUGCUCUGUUUGUCCAGCUAAGUUUGACCAAAUUGAGCAUUUCAAUGACCACAUGAGGAUGCAUGUUUCAGAUGGAUAAGUAUUCUCUGUUAUGAACAAAACCCAACCAGAGAAACAACAAAAAGCUAUGGCACUAGAAUUUAAGAUUUUAUUUUUUUUUUCAUUUUUACUUUUGGUUUAUUUCAUUUCAUUUUUGUAUUACAUGAAGAACUGUUUUUUGCCUGCUGGUACAUUACAUUUCUGGAAGCUGGGUGAAUAGUAAUUAUUCCAGCCUUCCUUUGAUGGUGGCCUUAAGGCCAGAUAGUGCUUCAGGAGAUCUACUGGUUGGAUCUCUAGCUACUGGCCUCUAAAUACAACCCUUCUUUACUACAAAAAAAAAAAAAACUUUAAAAAAAAUCUUUUUUGUCACUUGUGAAGAGCACUACAAAAAAAAAAUCGACAAAAGCAGAAGUAUAUAAUGAAAUCUACAAGGCCUACUGUCGUAAGUACACCACUUGCAGUGUUUCAGUGGACAGAUUCACAAUUCUGACCGCUUUGGACUUCACAGUAUCCAGUUAAAUCUGUGGAAUAGAACUGUAUGGUUGAGCAACAACCACAGAAAACAGGCCCUACUGGAUUCCAACAUUAGUCUUGCUAUCAUAAAAAGGGCUGUGGAGAAGGGCAAGGGAGUUUGGGUUGGUUGGAUGGUGUGGAGUCCCUGCAGGAUGGGGAAGGCGAAUCAUAGGUUCCUCUUGUGGAUUCGGUUCCAUUCCACACAUUCUGAUUUAUGAUCCCCAACUUCUUUCCCCCCACUAACACCAACUCCAUCUUUAAUCAAAACCUAGGAAUAAGAAGGUAAGAAUGAGGUGAGAAAAGGUGGCUUUUUGUAAUUUAUUCAGUGUCUUUGCUGAGCCUAGGGCCUCAGCACAAUCAAUGGGACUUUGUCAACUAUCAGAAAGAAACAUCAAAAGGAAAAGAUUUCAAGUGUUUUUUCACCUAGUGUUCUAGGUACAAGAGAAGGAUUAGCUCCCACACCUUAGGGGUAAAAUCAAAAAGGCUGCAUCAAGAUUUACUCUUGUGGAGGGAAGUAAAGUAGAAGUGAGUGGGGAGUAACUAAAAAAGAGUUCUCAAGAUUUUUUUUUAAUUCAAAAUUUUAUAGAGGGACAGAAGUGGUGUUUACCAGAUAGAGUGCUGAUUUUUUAAAAAAAAAUAUAUUUACCACAGUAUUUGUGUAAAAAAACAAAAAAAAACAAAAGUGUAACCUUGUUAAAGUAAUUUUUGUUUUCUCUUUUGUUUUGCAUACACUGCCACUAAUACCUGCUCAAUUUGCUCCAUGUAACUGAAUAUAUAUGUGUGUGUGUAUGUUUAUAUAUUAUUUAUAUAUACAUACCUACACACACACACACACACUCACACACAUAUUUUAUUUUAGAUAAGGACUGUUAAGAUUAGGUAUCCUGCUUCCAAAUAGCAAGAGGGAAAAGAAGGGAGAGGUGAUCGCAAUGUGUUGUUUCAAAGAAGACAAAACUUAUGCCAACUUUUUCUAUUGUUUAUUGUUUUAUUAAUUUGAAAAUAAUAGCCUGGGAGUAGAAUGUGAUUUCAGUUAUAUGUGAUUUCAUCCACCAUAUUCUGUCCACCUUGGAGUGUCAUUUGAAAAGCCAUUCUGAAUUUGGAUUUACAAUGUUCUUAGGCUUUUAGUGGAGUUCCAUCCAAAAAUAUGAUGAAAGGAGGUUAGUUUUCAGAAGCAAGAUUUUUAACACUCAGCCCUUGGAAUUUGAUUUUGCUCAUAAAUUCUGGAAGCCCCUAGAAUAAAAGCAUUCUUUUACUUAAAUGAUCACAUGUACAGACAAAUGUAGAUUUGUCUGUUUUAUUGUUCUUAUACAUCCAUCUGUAAUCUUCCAUAAUUAUAUGAGAAAUGGAUCCCAGCUCUCUAGUUUACAUAAAUGCAAAAAAAAAAAACAACCCUUUGCCCUUACAGUUAAACUUCCCUCUUUUUCACCUGCAAAAAUUUAAGCCUAAAGGCCACACCUUGCAUUCUCUGUUUAUCCAAAGCAGCAUAAGGCAUGCAAGAUAUACAUUAAAGGUUCCUUUAAUUUUGUGUUUUUAUUGAUGAACUCCUCCCCUUCCUAGAGGAGUUUUAAAGAAUUUAUCACCCAAGAUUGAUUCUCAUACUUUUUGGGUGCUACAUAAAACUGGACCAAUGUCUAAUAAUUAUCUAAGUAAGCAUUUUUCCUGUGCCCAGGCACAGCAAUUUCUAGUGCAGGCAGAAAAGUAUCUAAUAAUUAUAUGCAAAAAGAGGGACAAAGAGAAAAUGCUUAUAAUGAUUUUAAAUGUAUCUCUGUUUCAACCAAACUUUCUGAGACUGGAUUUCUAAGCAUGCUAAUCUGGAAAUAAGUUUCAUGGAAAUUCAUGGGACUGAUUCCAUGUAAAGUAUUCAGGAGCGGCAUGCCAGGUUUAUGCCAGUCUAUGGUUUUCAUGAAACACUCCUCCAUUCUAGAUGUCUUUUUCAUUAUUUAUUCAAUACUUAAAAUUUUGAUUAUUCCAUGUGUAAAAUCUUCCUUUGCAGUAGCUGACAUUCUUAAUAACCUUGUGGAGAUGCAGUGUACAAACUACCUCCACAGCAUUUAGUAAUGCAAAACAUCACAGUAGCAAUUUUUGCCAAUCUCCCUUUCUCAUGGAAGCGCUCCCUGAAACCCAAAAGUAGGUUCCUGAGUGUCAUUCACCCUUCAGGGACCUACUUCCAGGUCACAGGGAGUGCUUCUGGGGCGAGAGGGAUCAGCUAAAAUUGUACCUCCCACACACACAACACGUGCAGUGCAACACUGUAUUACUAAAUGCUGUAAGGGCACUUUGCAUGCAGUGCCUCUGCACCAUUAGUCAGGAUGUCAACCACUGUAUCUAUAAUUUAGCUGAGAUAAAAUAAUUAUCAGGUAUGCCAUAUAUCACUAAAAGCUGUCAUUCCUCCAACACCAAUAUUUUAAAAUGAUCAAGCAUGCACUGUUCUAACAAAUGAUUCUAAUAAUAUUUAUUCUGUUUCACUCACCAAUCAGGAAGUAUAACACCUCAGUCACAGAUAAAUUAAAUCUAUCCCACAGAUUUCAGUAUAAAUUAAUUCCACAUAUAAUUGUGGAUCAAGCAAAGGAUCCACACAUAGAAUUGGUGUUCUGUUGAAUAAAUGAGGAAGCCCACCUACACAGCAACUGCUUCCCCAUGGGGCUCUGAAUGGUGGAAAAUUUGUUUACGAUAUAGAUGUAAAAUACUGAUUCUCAGUAUGAUUCCCAGGCCAUGGACAAAUAAUAGCUGCAUCAGGAAAUGAAAAAAAUGAGAGCAAGGGACAAGAACUUGACAAAAGUAUAUGACAGUGUAUUUUGGAAGAGCAGCAUCUUUGAGUGCAAAGAUUAGACAGUAGUGUAUCUUUUUCAUUAUAUUUUAAACAGUAUUUCAAUUAGUCCUAUAUAUCCUGCAUGCCACAUUAAGCCUGGUGAUGGGGCAGCUGUCAACAUUAUUAGAUAUCCUAGCAAUUUUGGUCCAUAUGUUAACUUUAGAGGGACAUUUUGUGACGUGCACACAUUAACUACAGAAGUCUUUGGAAAGAGAGAAAAAGGUUUUUCUUUCUUUCACAGGAUAUAUAGAACUAGUUGAGAUACUGUUUAAAAUAUAAUGAAAAAGUCUCACCUUCAACUGAUGCAAAUAUUCUCUCUAAAAUGGAAAUCUAUAUUACAAUAGAAUCAAUAGGUUCUAGUCAUAUCCACUUUUUCAUAUUCAGUGCACUCAGAGUGGCUCAAAAGUAAAAUGAGAAUUACACAAAAAUAGCAACAUGAAUGCAUAUUCUAGUAAUCUGAUGUUCAAUUGCAAAUGAAUAACACCCAUCAAAAACUAAGAGCUGCUCCAGACAUUUGCUGGGCAACAAAAGGCUUUGCUUGGUGAAGGAGUUGUAAAGGUGCCCCUUUCUUCCAUCUUGCACCUGAAGUAAUGCAUAAUUUGGGUAUUCUAUGCAUAAGCUUAUAUGUGCAGCUGCCCCAUUAAUGCAAUCUUAUCAGCAUCCUGUGAAGAACCAUAUAGAAUUGGGUGUUUACAUGAUACAUGCUCAGGGUUGCCUUUGCCACUCAGUUUAGAGAUGCAGCCUAAAGCUCUGUGGAGUAUCUGUGUGGACAUAAAGCUCCACUUGUGCAGAGCAUCCCCAAGUACAAAAGAGAACAAAGCAUCCCCUGCAGUGUCCUUACCAGAACCACUUGAUCAGGACAUGAUCUUGCACUCAGAUUGCUCCUACAGAGUCAGCCGAAUACUUUUGCUGCUCAAGAGGCAAACUGAUCUUUUCGUUCCACUGUUUUCUCACAGGGGUCAGUUUACAAUGUUUUAAGAAAUAUAGCAAAUUCUCUAUAAACAACAAAUACAAACGAAUCUGACUUUAUGAAAAAGUUCUUCUAACUCAAGCAUUUUAGCUCUGGGUUUAUAACACCACACAAUAUAUAACCUUGUCAUAAUCAAACACAUAAGCAAAUGCCAAAUGGUUUCAACUGCAUUAAGCAGACCUAACCUUAUGUUGGCUUAUGGAUUCUUAAUCUGAAGCUCUUCUCAUAUAAGUACAGAUUGUUUACUAGUUUUUCUGAAUCAAUAUAAUUUCAUGGUCUCAGUGAUUAUUUUGGCAUUGAAUUCUACUGGACAAUUAGUACUGUGUAAAAAAAUAUUGUUUUCUGCUUUAAAUAUAUUUGCACUGAACUUAAUUGAACUUCCAUUAGUUUAAUUAUUGAAGGGCUGAAUAACAGCGCCAGCAUAAUCUUCCAUUUUAUAAUGAAUUUUUUAAAUCCUCACUAAAAGCUUUGUAAAGAAUAGAAGAUCAAUACUGUGCCUCAUUGUCUUUGCUGAGAAAUGGGGAGAAAGCACUAAUUUGCCUGUAAGUAAUUUUUGCUGCUAUUCUCUGAUUAAAGGAGUUAAUUCACCUACUGGCAGCAUUGUAUACCAGAAGGUACUCAGACUAUAGAAAGAUUAUUUAAGAAUAAUGUAAAGUUUAUGUCCCCAUAAGAGCUUCCUGUGUUCAGUGACAUGCAGCACAAAUAUAUGUAUGCACAAGCCUCAGAAGCUCUAUUACUGCCAAGUAAAUAUACAUAGAAUUGGAGCCUUAGCACUUAGUUUGCAUAUUACAAUAUGCAGGGGGAAAUAGUGGAGGUAUUAAAACGUAGAAAUGGAAUCCAGUCAUGGAAUCCUUUUCUGCCUCAUAACAUAUUGUGCAAAAGAGUUUUGGGGUUGCCCCCAAAUUACAGAAGACUAGUAGAGGCGAGUGGUGGGAGCGGAUCCUAUGGCUUGUGGACUUCUUUCUGCCCCUAGAGAGCCUUUGGUUCACUAUAUAGAGUCAGCAAAAGUGGUUUGAGGAGAUCACUCAAUUAACCAGGGACCUAAUAUUGACAUGCCUUUAAGAUGGGCAUUAGACUGAAUUUAUAGCUUCACAUUUCAGAUGCAUUGCAUAACUGGUAGGACUGUUGGAGCUUAGAGAGUACAUCCACUUUACAUCUGAACCCACAUCCUCUAGGGGCCACUUCAUAUAUAUCUAUUUCCCUGUAAAGGUAAAGUGUGCCGUCAAGUUGAUUCUGACUCCUGGCGCCCACAGAACCCUGUAGUUUUCUUUGGUAGAAUACAGGUGGGGUUUACCAUUGCCACCUCCCGCGCAGUAUGAGAUGAUGCCUUUCAGCAUUGUCCUAUCUAUAUUGCUGCUGCCCAAUAUAGGUGUUACCAGCGGGGAUUCAAACCGGCAGCCUUCUGCUUGUUAGUCAAGCAUUUCCCCGCUGAGCCACUUAAGUCAGUAGUUGCUGCCAAAAACCACAGACAGCAACCACAGACUCCCACUCAGUGAGUCAGUUGCUCAUUCUGGUAAUCUGUGGAUACAAAAUAAUAUUUCAACUCCCCUAUUCCAUCCAUAGAGUGUUAACAUUAAUGAUGGACAUGCCUUCUCAGUCUCGAUUCAGACUGGGUCACCUAAAACAAGCAAAUUUGUCCAGAUCUGAGUUCCAGAUGCUUCUGAUGUCACUGGGAAAACAAUAACUGGAGGCUCACAGGCCCCCCACUACUGCCCCCUUCCCUCCAAAUGUAUCUGUUGGUGAUGAGAAGAACCGCUGCUGUGGUCUUGAUUAAGCCUAGAAUGCAGCAUCAGUGUCCCGUGUGCCAAGAUUCUGGGGCACCAUUGUUGCCCAGGGCUUUUGGGCCCUUUAUACGUACCCAGAUACAUUUCCGCUAGAAAGGCUGACAGGUGGUGGUGGGAGUUCUGAGGAGUGCUGGGGCCCAAAACUGAGCUAAUUAGCUGAAACUGGACAUCAAAAAAGUUUGGGUUCAGUUCAUAAGUAGCUCAGGAAUUCUGAACUUGAAUAAAGCCUAAAUCGUUUGCACUAUAAACUCCCCAAUACUGCACUUCAGUAGUUCAUUACGGCAUGUCUCAAGGUAGUGGCUCUGGUAGUUGCAUAAUGAUGGUGCAUGCAACUGGAACAAAACUAUAGCGGGUAAGAACUUCAUAUCCUAUUGCUUGUGGGUAGAUCACCAGUACUAGCAAAGAUAUACGUAGGUGAAUAGCCCUAAAAAGAACUUGGAUUAUAUUUGGCACACAUGAAAAUGAAAACUUUAGUGAACAUUACGUCUGGCUUUUUAAAUAGGACACUGUCAUAUACUUUUGUUGCAGAAUUUUAGGUUAUUCAUUUCACAAAAACAUUUUAGAAUGGCUAAUAUUGUUUUGAAUGCCCAAUGAUUUCAGUUUGGAUAUCAAACUAUUUUUAUAUGAAUUUAAACCUUUCCAGGCAGUGCUGUUUAUCCAGGAAUGUUGCCCCUUCUCUAAUAUAUGAAAGCUAAAAAUCAAAGUAGUUUGUUUUCACUUCCACAUUAGUUUCCUACUUUACCAAUUAUAGGAAGUGGCAAAUGGCAGUCACAACAGAUGAGAAUAAUGCAGCACUGGGGGGUGUGUGUGUGUGUGUGUGUGUGUGUGUGAGAGAGAGAGAGAGAGAGAAUGAAUUUCAACUACCUUUCCUUUCCACUCAACUCCUCUGCCACUCAAAAAUAUGUUGCUGAGGAUCACUGAGUCCUCAGAGGCAUAUUUCUGGUGGCACAGAUGCUUCCAGGGGAAGGAAAGUCGUUGAAAUUCCCCACCCUGCUGCUCUGUGAGCAUGGGUGCUGCUUUAGGCAGGAACUCAGUAGCAGCUCUGGUAAUACUCACAUAGCACCCAUGCUUUGUUAGUCUAGGUGUCAGCCAAUGCUUCUGGCAACUAAAUAACUUAAAAUAAAAAUAGUUAAUAAAAAUAGUUAUUAUUACCAGAAUUCAGUAAAACUGUAACAUCUUAAAAGCUAGAUUUUCAGUUGCACAGAUAUAGUGUGUGUGUGGCAAUGCCAUCUGAAAAAUAUCCCAAUUGACUGUAAAAGCAGUAAAAUAAAGGCUGGUUUUUCAUCUGUUAAAACACUUUGAUUAUGCAGCAGGAUGACAGACAAGCAAUGUUAACUACCCACCUUUUGAACAUAAAAUGCACUCCCUUUUUUGAAUGGCUGGCAUUAAUGCUGUUCCUUGGUUCUGUUUUCCUUCCCACAUCAAUAAAACAAAUCUCUAUUCAUAAUCAAAAAGGCAUCCUGAAAGCUCCUGACUUCUUUUUUUAAGUAAAAUUUUAAAAUCACCUGUGUAUUAUUUCCCCAUCCCACUCUCUGAUUGCUACUUCUUGGAGUAGCACCUACAUGAAACAACCAGGUAUUUUAAAGCAAGGAAGGAAAAGAUUUACAGAAUUAGAUCCUUGGAGAAAGGGAGAGUACUGCUGACCUUGCUAUCCCUGAAAAAGUACUUAUCCCAAAUCUGAUGGGAGUCUUACGUUUAACUUCACAAAAUAGUCCUAGAAUAACAAGACACAGUCACAUAAUCCUGGUUAAAAGGUUAACCAGGGUUUUUGAGCCCUGCAGAGCUGAUU